CGGCCGCGCUUCUCCUCCCCCUCCUCCAGCUGGCCGCAAGUGCCAGGUGUGGCGCUCCCGAGGUGCGCGGGCAUCGACGGAACAGGUGACAGUGGCCCCUGACAUUUAUGGGAUCACAGACCAAGAAAGUCCUGCUAACCCCCCUCAUGCACUCAGCUCGCCCUUUCCGGGUCUCCAACCAUGACAGAAGCAGCCGGCGAGGGGUGAUGGCCAACAGUCUGAAGGAGCUUCUUAGCAAGACCCUGGAUGCCUUAGUUAUCACCAGCGGACUGGUCACUUUGGUGCUGGAGGAAGAUGGAACCGUGGUGGAUACGGAAGAGUUCUUUCAGACCUUAGGAGACAACACACAUUUCAUGAUCUUGGAGAAAGGGCAGAGGUGGACACCGGGUGGUAACCACGUCCCAGCCCGCCAGCAGCCAAAGAAAUCGGGAAUAGCAAGAGUCACCUUCGACUUGUACAAGCUGAAUCCCAAGGAUGUCAUUGGCUGCCUCAACGUGAAGGCCACCAUGUAUGAGAUGUAUUCGGUGUCCUACGACAUCCGGUGCACGGGAGUCAAAGCCCUGCUGAGGAGCCUGCUGCGGGUCCUGUCCCACGCCGCCCAGGUGACCGGACAGUUGCUCAUCUACAUCGGCACGUACAUGCUCCAAGUGCUGGGUGACAUGGACGAGCAGAGCCCUCCCCGGUCACACUCCAGACGCGGGUUCACAAGUGGCUAAGGAUGCACGCUGCAGGGGACCCAGCCGGCUCUCGACCCAAGUAUUCGCUCUCAGAUGACGAAUUUUGAAGAUGCUUCUGUUCUAAACCACGGGCACUUGCACAAGGCCGGUCACUUGUACUGGGGGGUGGCAUGCAGGGGAAGGUGGAGGGGUGGAGGCACACGAAAUGGGGGCUGCAGGAGGGGACGCCCUGAGGGGAGGAGAUUCGUAGGGGCCUCCGUGGGGACAGGAAGGACCAAAGGGCAGGCUAGUGUGGUGGCCCCGGAGCCGCACAAACCUGGGUUAGGCCUCUCAGCUCCUCACCUCCUGCAAUAAACCGAUAGAUCGCAAGAGCUA